AUGCCGCCGCAGAUCCACGUCGUGGAGCGAGGCCCGCCGCAUGCCGACCCGUCCCGUCGCAGCUCCAUUCUCCGCAGCAGCUCCGCACGCCUCCGCCGUGGCCGCGACGCCCUCCCCGCCGCGAGGCACGCUGUGCCCGGCCGGCCCGGCUCGCCACGCCGCCGCGGCCCGCCCGCGCGCGUGCACCGGGGCAGGCAGGGACGGGCAGGGGCCACCGGCGGCCCGCGCGCGCCCGCCUGGGCCGGGACGGGUGGCCAGCCGGACGCCCGCGCACAGAGCGCCGCCUUGCUUCCGUGCCCACCCCGCCCCAGCCCGCGCGCCAUGGCCGCCGUCGACGAGGGGGCCAUGGCCGAGCUCGAGGGGGGCAGUGGCCUCCAUCGCCAUGGCCCCGUCGGAGGAGCUGGCGGAGAGGGGCCGCGACCUUCGCACACGCGCAGGUGA